GCCACGAAUCUCGGUCCCUACUGCGCCAAGACCUAGAUCUGCUGCUCUCGUUCGCUCGCCAUCCUCGACCAUAGAAUUCCUCCAUCAGAGUCCCUUUUCCCAACAAUAACAUAAUUAAAAACAACAAACGCCUCUGUUUCUCCACCCCCUUCCCCCCUACAGCUUAUUUCUCCCUUUCUUCUACGAGGCAUCUCGCGUCCCGCCUUCCCAAGCCGAAGCUACUCGUAUACCAACACUCGUAGUCCCAACACCUCCCUUCACAAACCGAAUACACCCAAAGUACCUUCACGAUGUCGUUCCUGGGUGGCGCAGAAUGUUCGACGGCCGCGAACCCGCUGGCCCAGCUCUCCAAGAUCACACAGGGAGACAAAUCUCUCCAACGCGAUCGCUUCGAGGGCCAGCGGUCGAUGGGAGCUGGCGGAAGCUUGCGAUCGCGCGUAGAUGGCGGGAUGGGAGCUGCUGCCGACGCACAGCUGAACGAUUUUUACGCGCAACAACAACAAAAUGGCGGCAAUCCCUUUGUAUUCGACGACAUGCGACACGGCCUUGCGGACAUGUCGCAAGGCGCGCAGAUGCAGGGAGGACCGCAAGCGGCCUGGGCGCAGGAGUUCCCGCAACACAUGGGUCCGGACGACCAAGCCCGUAUGGAGGCGGCCUUCCACGCCGGGAAGGCGGGUCCGCAGUGGAAUGCCGCGGAGUUCGAGAGCUUCCAGCCCGGCGCCGCGCAUGCGGAUCCGCGGAUGGCGUCGCAGCAGCCCAUCAUGCAGCAACAACAGGGGCUGAACCAGCAGGGACAGUACUUUAGACAGAUUAAUGGGUACAACCUUAACGCGGGUAUGCCGAUAUACUCCGGGAUGCAGCCGCAGAUGCAUCAGCACCACCAUCCCCAGCAGAUGGACCACCAUGGCAAAGGGAAGGAGGCUGUGGUGGAGUUGGAUGAGGAGAGAUGGGAGGAGCAGUUCCGGGAGUUGGACCAAGACGCUGCAUUGGAUGAGGCAGCGAACAAGGCUAUCGAGGCCGAGCUGAACGGCACGGAAACGAUGCAGGGCGACUUCCAGGCCAUCUGGGAGGGGAUUCAGAAGGAGGCUAGAGAGCGCGCGGACUUGGAGACUCUGGAUUGGACCAAUGAGAUCGACGCCGAGAGCCCGUGGAAUUCCGAGAACUCGUUGACGAAGACGAUACCGGGGAUGGGAGUCUACCUCUUCGAGCCAGAUAACCCUUACAUGACCCACCAGGACCCGUACUCCGAGGGCAAGCGGCUUAUGGAGACCGGCGGUAACUUGUCGCUUGCUGCCCUGGCCUUCGAGGCUGCGGUUCAACAGAACGAGAAGCAUGUGGACGCCUGGACUGAUCUCGGUGCCUGCCAGGCCAUGAACGAGAAAGAGACCCCUGCCAUUCGCGCCUACGAAGCCGCGCUGCGGCUGGACGAGGGUAAGCUGACUGCGCUGAUGGGUCUGGCGGUAUCCUACACCAACGAGGGCUACGACACACAGGCAUACUCCUCCCUGGAGCGCUGGCUACGAUCGAAAUACCCCGCGAUCGCCGACAAAGCGGGCCCACCACCCGCGACUAUACACGACCGACAGGCGCUCCACGAUCGCGUCACCGGUCUCUUUAUCGAGGCGGCUAUGCUUGUGCCCGAAGGCCAAGCUAUGGACGCCGACGUCCAGGUUGGGCUUGGGGUUCUGUUCUAUGGCGACGAGGAAUACGACAAGGCAGUUGACUGUUUCGAGGCGGCCCUCAACUCAUCAGGCACCUCUACUUCCCCCGAGCACUUGCUGUGGAACCGCCUCGGUGCCACGCUCGCCAACUCCGGCCGCAGCGAAGAGGCGAUCAACGCAUACGAACGCGCGCUCCAGAUCAACCCCAACUUCGUACGCGCUCGCUACAACCUAGGUGUCAGCUGUAUUAACAUUGGCUGCUUCAAGGAGGCGGCUGAGCACCUGCUUGGUGCACUUGCCAUGCACAAGGUUGCCGAGGAGAAGGCGCGUGAGGAUGCACGCGCCGCUGGUGUUGAGCCCGAGCGCAUCAUUCACAACCAGAGCACCAACUUGUUCGAUACGCUUCGUAGGGUGUUCGGACAGAUGGGUCGGCGCGACCUGGCGGAUAAUGUGAUCAACGGCAUGGAACUGGACGUAUUUCGAAAGGAAUUUGAUUUUUGAGCGCGAUCGAGACAAGGGAGGAGAGUGGUAUGACGACUGGAGCACGAAGCGUGGGAGUGGUGGUAGGGAGGGCGUAGGGGUAGAAGAUGAGGAUGGAGACGGCUUUAGUGAUCGAGCUACGCAGGGUACCGAAGUUGAUGUUGAUGAGCGCGAUGCGGCCAUGAGAAGUCCUAUUGAGGAGAAACCAGAGGAAAAUGCUUUGAGGUCGCCCGGGGGGAGAGGAGCGAGUGUUAGGAGGUUUGCCUUUGGCUGCGCGGAUCUGAUAGAUUUUUAGCUUUUCUCCUUCUGUUCUGCUUGCAUGCAUGUAUUGCGAUGACAAUUGUGCAAUUCCUGACGGACUCUUCGCUUUUUUGUCUCAUCAUCGUAGCAUUUGACACGAGUAUACCUAUGACUGUGUAUGUACAAAUCCGUGUUCGUUGCCUAUCAGCUCGCCGUGGGUUUCCCAUUGCUCUCCGCCCGGCCCUGAAGGCUGACAGAUUCUGCAC